AAUUUGUGUUUUGGUCGAAAUUGAAUUUAUCGUGUUCGUUGUUUAGAUUCCGUGGAUUAGUUAGUAAAUUGUCAUGCUAUUAAUGCUAAAUUGUAAGCAGGUUAUGCUGAUGAGGAACUAGAACCAGAAUAUUUUAAUUUGCAAUGAAUUCUUCUGCUGCUGAAAUAAGUACCGUGUCUCUUUAUUCAGAAAGUGAAGAGUUAAAUACUUUGUCUUCAAAUGUUGGAGACGCGCUGUCACACUGUAAUUCAUUGAAAUCUGACCUUAUAGAAUAUGGUGCUGAUGCUCAUAGUGAUUUACUGUCAUUAAAGGACUAUAUGUUAGAUUUUGAAGAUAUUAGAAAAAAUGUGAAAGCUUUGCGGUCUGCUGUGUUACGUAUUGAACCUGUACUGUCAGCUAACAAUGAAGAAAAUGAGAUCGAUUUUGAAAAUAUUCUGAGUAAAUGCACAGCAGAAAUACCAGUUGAUGAGAACGUCAUGAGCACUGUUAAUGCCAUAAGUGGUUAUGUACAUCAAAAUAACAGAGCUGCAUCCUCUGAAAAUGAAGAAAUACAAGUAGUAAGAGAGACAACAGAAAAUUUUACAGAUCCUGUUACUCGACGUAUAAUAACCAAUCCUGUGAAAAGUGUUAUUUGUAAUCAUUCUUAUGACAAAAGCAGCAUUGAAAUCUAUCUGCAAAAGAAAUCAAGAUGUCCAGUUACUGGCUGUGUGAAGCAGUUGCGAAAGGAAGAUUUGAUUGAAGACUUGGAUUUGAAGCAGAAACUUGCAGUCAAAAAUGAAAAAAUGUGAGCAUUGGCUAUGAAGUUAUCUAUAAAAUGUAAAUUGUAUUUUUCAUGUUCAGAAUAAAUAUUUUAUUUGUAUAUGCCAUUAUAUAAAA